GCUCCAUUUAUUUUUUGAGAAAUUUUGAUACUGGAGUACUUGUUGUUGUUGUAUAUUGCAGAUACAGCCAUGGGAGUCAUUAAGCUACCCAGUGGGGUAUCUUCUAGAAUUACUGCAAAACAAUUUGCAAGUAGAAAAGUUAAGAAAGCAUUUUCUGCUAAGACACUGCAAUGGAAUGCUUAUCAUCAUCACCAUGAUGGAGUUAACAACCUAAGGAAUGGAUUGAGAUUUGGAAGGGUAAAAACAUUUGGAGUUCUAAGCUCUUCUGGUUUGGAGGGUGAGUUUGCUUCAACCAGAGAGAGACUCAUUAGUGGAUCAAAUGAAGGAUCUAUGUAACUCUCUCGAAGUACCGUCAGCUCGGAGUGUCCAAAAUGAGCUCAUAAUGCUUUCUUUACCUGCUAUUGCUGGGCAGGCAAUUGAACCUUUAGCAUAGCUUAUGGAGACUGCUUAUAUUGGAAGGAUGGGUGUAUUGGAGCUGGCUUCCGCCGGGAUUUCAAUAUCAAUAUUCAACAUCAUAUCAAAGGUGUUUAACAUUCCUCUGCUCAGUGUGGCAACUUCGUUUGUUGCUGAAGACAUCUCUAAGUCUACUACAGCCGACAAGAAACAUCUUCCUUCAGUCACCACUGCCUUAGUGUUAUCUGCUGGAAUUGGCUUAUUGGAGGCUGCAGCAAUGUAUCUUAGCUCCGGACUUUUUGUGAGCCUAAUGGGUAUUCCAACAACUUCACCGAUGCACAUUCCAGCAGAGAAUUUUCUUAAACUUAGAGCACUUGGUGCUCCACCAGUUGUACUAUAUCUUGCCAUCCAAGGCAUUUUCCGGGGUUUUAAGGACACAAGGACCCCUGUAUUAUGUUUAGGGUUAGGAAACCUUGCAGCUGUAUUUUUCUUUCCCAUCUUUAUGUAUAUUUGUCGACUUGGCAUAGCCGGUGCAGCUAUUUCAACGGUUGCUUCGCAAUAUAUUGUAGCCAUUUUAAUGCUAUGGCAUCUUAGUAAGAAGACAUCUUUAUUGCUACCAAACAUGAAGAAUUUGCAAUUUGGUGGCUACUUAAAAUCUGGUGGUUUCCUGCUUGGGAGAACGCUGGCUGCUGUUUUGACAGUGACUUUGAGCACUUCAAUGGCAGCUCGUCUCGGAGCAAUUCCCAUGGCUGCUCAUCAGAUAUGUUUGCAGGUCUGGCUGUCUGCAUCUCUUCUCGCGGAUGCUCAGGUUGCUUCUGGUCAGGCUCUCAUUGCAAGUGCAUUCGCCAAACACGAUCUUAACAGAGUCAGAGUGAUUACACUAGUAGCUCUGAAGACAGGAUUAUGUACAGGGAUUUUGUUAGCCGUGGUACUAGGGCUGUCGUUCCCCUCUCUUGCAAAGUUGUUCACCAAUGAUGCCCAAGUGCUAGAUAUUGCAAGAUCUGGACUCCUGUUUGUGAGUGCCAGUCAGCCAAUCAAUGCUCUUGCUUACAUCUUUGAUGGUCUUCACUAUGGUGUUUCUGAUUUCCCAUAUGCAGCUUCCUCCAUGAUGAUAGUUGGGGCCAUGUCAUCAGCAUUUCUGCUCUAUGCGCCUUCGAUCAUCGGUCUUCCUGCAGUUUGGUCCGGACUGACUCUUUUCAUGGGUUUGCGCACGAUCGCUGGAUUUUUUAGGUUAUCGGCAAAAGAUGGGCCGUGGUGGUUCCUACAAGAUACACGCAAGGACAAGUCUUACUCUUUACACGGGCGACAAUGGGUUGUCUAGCUACAAUGUAAGUGAAGCUGUUGGGAUCUCGAUCUCGGUGUGACAUGCCCGUACGUGUUAAGCCACUUAAGCCAUGGUCAUGGUGUAGGUGUCGUAUGGUAAAAAUUGUAGCCAUCCAUAAUGAGCAAUCGUAGCCGCUAUGAAAUACUUCAUUCAUCUAAAAAAAAGGCUCCUAAUUAGG